AUGCAUAAGAGGAGCUGCACUGUGUCCCCGUAUUUGAAUCACGGUGUGGGUGCCCACGACUGGGAUGCCCCAUCCUCGAAUGACUACCCUCUGGAGGGUGGGGAGUCGGUCCAGCUCGCCGACGUGAAUCGCCCCCUCAUGGUGCACGAAAUUCCCACGUGUACAAGGAGCCUUUUCAUCUUUCCGGAAAACAGGAAGGGCGACUUCAGGCUGGUAUCCGAGCAGUUCUCGCAGUCCCCGCAGAAGCUAUCUUUCUACAGCUGGUAUGGCAGCGCCAGACUCUUCCAUUUCCGGGUGCCCCCAGACACCGUACUGCUGCGCUGGCUGCUCCAAGUGUCCCAGGGCAGCGGCCCCACGUGCACCAAUGUGGAGAUCACCGUGUACUUCCGCUACGGCGCCCCUCCAGUCAUCAACCCACUGGGCACCAGCUUCCCCGCCAACACCUCCAUGCAGCCCUCCUUCCUCAUCAAGAUGCUACAGAGCAACGCCUCCGUCAACAUCUCCCACCCAGCACCGGGGGACUGGUUUGUGGUCGCCCACCUACCCCCCUCAUCCCAGAAGAUUGAGGUGAAGGGCUUUGUUCCCACCUGUGCCUACGUCUUCCAGCCUGACAUGCUGGUUGUACGGGUGGUUGAGGUCUCCGUCCUGGAGCCCGACGUGCCCCUUCCGCAGACCCUCCUCUCCCACCCCAGCUACCUCAAAAUCUUUGUCCCCAAGUACACCCAGGAGCUGCGGCUGGAGCUACAGGGCUGUGUGUCCAACGGGAGCCUGGGCUGCCCUGUGCGCCUCACCGUGGGCUCGGCCACCCUGCCCAGCAAUUUCCAGAAGGUGCUCACCUGCACUGGCCCCACCCAGGCCUGCCGCCUGCUGCUGCCCUCACCACCCUGGGACCGAUGGCUGCAAGUGACAGCCAAGAGCCUGGCGGGGCCCCAUCUGUCGGUGGCUUUCAGCACUGUAGCUGCCCUCACAGCCUGCAGGCCGUGGAGUGGGAACUUCCAGCACCUUCUGCAGGGCAGCCUGAACCAGAGCUGCAACACCUCCACUGGUCUGCUUUCCCCGAGCCCCAGCUACCAGGAUCUGGGCGGGAAAAGCGUGCUGGGCGGUGGCCCCUUCUGCCUCAUGAGCUACCCGGUCAUGAGGGAAGACAUGGACGUGGUGUCUGUGCGCUUCCGGCCCUUGGACAGGGACUGGGUGCUGGUGCAGUCGGACAUGCCCUCAGUCAUGCGGCUGCACCUCAACAUGGGCAUGGACAGUGGAGGCUCCCUCACCAUCUCCCUAUGGGCCAACAAGAGUGUGCUUGCCAACAACACCUGGGUAGUGGUCUGCGUCAACGCCGCCUCGCCCUUCCUCAGCUUCAACACUUCGCUUAACUGCACCACAGCCUUCUUCCAGGGCUAUCCCCUGUCUCUGAGCGCCUCGUCUCGCAAUGCCACCCUCAUCAUCCCCUACCCAGAGGCAGACAAUUGGUACCUCUCCCUGCAGCUCUUGUGCCCAGAGCGUCCUGAGGAAUGUGAGAAGGCCUCCGUCCUCGUGGAGACCACCUUGUACUUGGUGCCCUGCCUGAACGACUGUGGACCUUACGGCCAGUGUCUUCUGCUGCGCAGACACGGCUACUUGUAUGCGGGCUGCAGCUGCAAGGCAGGCUGGCGUGGGUGGAGCUGCACGGACAACAGCACCGCACAGACCGUGGCCCAGCAGAGAGUGGCUGCGCUCCUGCUCACCCUCAGCAACCUCGUGUUCCUGGCUCCCAUCGCCAUCUCCGUGCACCGCUCCCUCCUAGUGGAGGCCUCCGUCUACGCCUACACCAUGUUCUUCUCCACGUUCUACCACGCCUGCGACCAGCCAGGGGAGGCCGUGCUGUGCAUCCUCAGCUACGACACCCUGCAGUACUGUGACUUCCUGGGCUCUGGAGUGUCCAUCUGGGUCACCAUUCUCUGCAUGGCACGACUGAAGGCAGCCCUGAAAUACGUUCUGUUUCUCCUGGGCACGCUGGUCUUCGCCAUGUCCCUGCAGCUGGACCGCAGGGGUGUCUGGAACAUGCUGGGGCCUUGCCUCUUUGCCUUUGUGGUCAUGGUCACCAUGUGGGUGUACCGCUGUGGGCACCGGCGCCACUGCUACCCCACCUCUUGGCAGCGUUGGGUCUUCUACCUCCUGCCUGGCAUCUCCAUGGCCACUGUGGCCAUCGCCAUCUACACCUGCAUGAUCACCAGUGACAACUAUUACUACACCCACAGCAUCUGGCACAUGCUGCUGGCAGGGAGCGCAGUGUUCCUACUGCCGCCGCGUGACAAGCACGCCGAGCCCUGGGUCUGCUCUAAGAAGCUCACCUGCCACUAUCAGAUCUGCAAGAACCACCGGGAGGAGCUGUACACGGUGACCUGAUGUGGCCAGCUCAGGGACACCUGUGGCUUUGAUGAUGACCUCUCUAGGCAGGGGCAGGACCAAGAGAGAGGGACCCUGUCCAGAUCGAUUUCCAACUGAAUAAAAUUGCCCUGCACACCAUU